AUGUUCCAACCACGUUUCGAUAGAACUCGUACUACAUGGCUAGAGACUAACUCUAAUUUUUUAUACCAAUGUUUUUUCGUCGUUUGGCUCUGUUGUUUUUUUAUAAAAUUUUCUGGUGCAUCACUGGUUGAUAAUAAAUUAAAGUUGAAUAUAGUACCACGAACAGGUGUGGUCGCUCUCGCUGCCCCUACUUUUAAUUAUGGUCAUAUUGAUCGUGCAAAGGCUCGAACAAAAGAAAGAAUCCGAACGAGAUAUCCAGACUUAGCGAAGCGUUUUCAUCGUAUCGGGUUGCCACUCAAGACUGGAAGUUUUCAAUUAUUUGUAAAAGGUUAUAAAGAUGCAAGUUAUUGGUUACGUCAGUGGGAAUUACAUCCUGAGCAACAACCACCUCCAGUUACUAGAAAACAACUUCAGUUGGAAUUCGAAAAACUCGUUGUGCUCGAUUAUAUUAUUCGUAAUACAGAUCGUGGCAAUGAUAACUGGUUGAUUAAGUAUGAACCUGCAGACACCCAUAUUCCUCAAAAACUUAACCCUUCAGUGCAACAGGUUUGUUAUGGACUUUACAAUUAUUAUCAUAUCACUUCUUUUUCAGCACAUAAAAUUGAUGUCACUGAUGAUGAAAAUUGGAACCAUGUGUCAAUGCCUACGAUUAAGAUAGCAGCUAUCGAUAAUGGUUUAGCUUUCCCCAUCAAACAUCCCGAUGAAUGGCGCACUUAUCCAUAUCGAUGGGCAUGGUUGCCUAUGGCAAAAGAACCAUUUAGCGAAGAAAUUGUUGAUUUGGUUUUACCAUUUCUUGACAAUGUGAAUUGUGUCAAGGAAUUGUGCAACGAUCUGAAAAAACUUUUCAAGGAAGAUCUUGGCUUUGAUAAAAAGAUAUUUGAACUACAGCUAAGUGUAAUGAGAGGUCAAAUAUUUAAUUUAUGCGAGGCACUCAAGCAAAGGAAAUCUCCUUUACAGCUUGUCCAGGUUAUUUCUGAAGCGGCGAGUGCAUCAUCAUCAGGUGCUUCUGAAAUGCCAAAAAGUUGGUUCGAGACCUAUCAACAGAAAGUGCAAACUCGCUCAGCAUUUUUCACUUGGUGGUGA